AUUCUCACCAACUGUUAGCGCGGUUUGUUGGGCUGUUUGAUCAGAACUAGAAAUUAAAGACAUUAAAAAUUUAUUUUCAAUUAGCGUUUACCAACAGUGCACAGCUCAACACGCUUCACGUGACUCCCAGCAAUCAGAGUGACUUGACAUUUUAAAAUGCAGGUAGAAAAUGUUUAAGUUCAAAUCCUGUGAGAGUUAAAUAACGCCAGCAAGGCGUGGCUGGAUUGCUUUUCACAACUACUCGAAACCCACUUGUCGCUGACUUCAAAACGAGGUAAAGGCCAUCCUGGGGCAGGACAGGUAAACUUUUCUUUGUGCACGUGGACAGCAAACUCACAUGUGGGUAAACAGGCGAACACGCGAACCAGAGAUAAGGAACGGGAGGGAGUGGGGAGUGGUAGAGAAAGGAGGGAUGCUAGUGACAGCCUGUCCUCCCCAUCGGGACAGGUGUAAGCCUCAGGUAUUGUAAGUGGGUCACGAAGUCGUCAGCGCCAUCUUGGUAGUCCAGCUCUUUCCUAAACAUUGGACAAACUGGUUUGCAGCCCCUCAGGUCGGUCUCGCGACAGCUGGUCGGUCGUCAGUUGGAGGUAUCCCUACUCCUUCCUCCUAAGCCAAGGUUAGGUACAGAAGCUAAGUACACCUGUACAGACCGCUGCCCCUGUCGUCUGUACAACAACAUGGCCACGUCGCGAAACAAGGAAGGGGGAGACUAGUGUUCGAGCACAGCCGUUGUCCCCCUAGACCACGUGGAGGAACAAGGAAGGUGCUGUUGAUACAAACAGUUGACAGGGCGAGGUGAGGAAGCUACUCCUGUCGCUGAUGAUCCGCUGAGCCACAAGGAAACAUCCUCCCCUCCUCCCAACCAUGGGCCACAGGCAGUACUACUACUGCCGGCGCCGAGCCCACAACGGUUUCAGCUUCCACGACCACGAUGACGGCGAAGGCGACGGCGCAUCAGGCAAGUCGCUGAAGUACCUCACACGUCUCCUUUUCAUCGCCAUCCUCCUCUCCUGCCUUGUCAUCAUCAUCACCAGCGUGCUGACGCUCGUCAACUGCCGUCAGGCCUCGCGGGCCAUCGAGGGCCUCAUCGACUCCAGCGACGGCCACUGCACCAGCCUGGGGCUGCCGGCCUACUUCGCCUGCGUCCUGCUUCUCUUCUCCGUCUUCGGCUUUGGCUGCCUGGGCCGGCGGGUGACGGGCAUCGUGCUGGUGCUGGUCAGCCUGGCCGAGAUGGCGCUGGCCGUCGUCAUGACGCUGCGGGAGGACUGUCCGCUGCCCGACGCCGACGCCACGGCCGCGCGGCUGAACCUCACGCUGCAGCAGUGCGGCCUGCUGCUGCCCAGCCCCAACGGCAGCGUCACGCACGUCUUCAGCGAGGAGCACGUUCUGCUGCAGCAGCAGCUGUCGCACUCGCACGACACGCAGUGCCUGGAGAUGGCAUCAACUUCCACCGCCUCUGCGGCGUGCCUUCCCCAUCCACCCCAACGCCUGUCGUCGUCAACAAGACCGUCAUCCGGCACUGCGCCGGCGACAUGGCGGACAAGCUCUACAGCCUCUGCACGCAGGACAGCGAUGUGGUCGUGCCAAUCUUGCUGACGGUGCCCAUCUUCUACGUGGGCGUGGCGGUGGCACUCAUCUACAUCAAGCACGUGGACUCUUACCACCAGAGCCUCGGGGAGGCCAGAGCCAUCACGGUCGGCACCAACACUGACGGAGGAGGCGGCGGCGGAGUCAACAGCAGCGGUGCAGCGUCGCCGUGUGUCGUCUGCAGCCGGAGCGUGUCGUCGUUGUGCAUGGACAAUCUGCUGUGUCUGGAGUGCGCCGUGCGGGGUCGACAGUGCACGUGCUGGAGGAAGAAUAAGCCGACUCUGCCCUCCAGACUCUCCUUCCAGCUCAAGGACGUAGCAGGCGAGGACGAGGUGAGGAGAAGCAUCCUGCGGACAUCCUCCCAUGGCCAGCAGGACGACCCCAACAUCAUCGAGGACUGUGUGUAAAACUAGUAGGAAGCCUCCAGCCUCACCGUGGACUGUUUAGGGUUAGAGCACAGGCCUGUCAUCAGGCUAACAUUUAAUGAGCAGUUAGCUGAUUGCUACGUUAGCCGUGCGCACACCUGACUGGCUUCACGAGUGUUUAUUUAGACUCGUUCUCUGUCACUGCAUCCACUGCCUUGUGACCUUAUCGGGUUCAUUCCAUGGCUAAGAACUCAGAAGUGAGUUCAAUAUAUAUCAAAGCACAAUUUUGUUUUAAAAUCUGGUCUUGAAAACAUUUUCCCAUUCGCCUUCAGGUGCAACGUUCGCACAACAGACAAGCAGCAAUGACUACAUUACCUACGAUGGAGGGCUGUUUUAAGUGACAUCUUAACUGACAUUUUAACUGACAUCCAGCAAUGGCUGGCGUCUUUGAUGAUCAGCUGCAGGUUAUCUCCUUCACUGGUGUCCGUAUUGUCUCGCGUGCUUCCCAGUUCAUCCGCAUGAAAAACGAGUUCAUGCGUCGUCACUGCCAGAGAAGUUGUUCGCGCAGUGAUAAGCUGACAGGAUUGUUUGGCGCCAGUUUAUUUGUUGUUUCGUCCACACUCUGUCUCGACUACAUGCUGCUUUGUUUUCGUGUUCAGGUCUUGACGCCUACUCUUUCAUUUGUUUACCUCUUGGCUAUGCUCGCUGGCCAUCAGCGACAAGGUUGGGACCACGGAGUUUUAUAUAACUGACAGAAGCAAGCCGCGGUGAGAAGGGACCUUACUCCCUGGUUGCCGCACGUGACGACAGUCUCCACUUGAACCAUAAAAGCGGUUAUUUGUAUCAAGGACGUUCAGCCGAACACCUUUGAUGGAAUGACUGAGUAGUGAAGACAGCAGGUGCACACCCCACGCCCUUCACACCUUUCUCAAGGCAGCAAUGGCCCUGACGACACGUGUGACUGUUCUUCCAUUACAAUUUCCGCCAGGUAUUAUGUUAACCUUUAUCCCCUCUCACACACAAUGUCAAGAAAACCCUUGUCAAAGGAUCUGCUGUGAGAGGUGAGAUACGGGAUUCACUUCCUUUCACCCCGUAGCUGAACGACAGUUGAUAUGACUGGAUCAUUGUAUCACUAGAAUUAUUGCAGAUCAUUACUCUCGUUGUCACACCUGACUGCACACGACCCUCUUAACGGCCAGCCCGAGUCGAACAUAAAACUAAGCUCAAAACUGCCGGCAGCUUAGCCAAACAUAAAUCUGCCUUUCAUGUCUUACAAACCUGCUUGGGGAAUAUUUUUAUUUAACAAAAGCACUUGGCCUGGCGAGAAGCUAAACGAUCAUGCCAUCUUCCUGCGUGCAAGUGCUCCAUGACUGUCCUCAGGUUAUUGGCACCACCUCACCCCACGCGACCCGUCGAACUAGUCUCGUGCUAAGCGUGACAGUAGUUCAUCCCGUCCUCAGCUCCCACCCUUCACCGCAAUGCUCCGAGUCUUCACUCCAUUGACUCCGACCUUUCCUCCCAGGUCAAACUUCAAGGCUAAAAUAAGCUGCUGCCUCUGACGUCACUUAUUGUUUUCCCCGCCCCCUUGAGUGAACGAUCUGGAGAAUGACGUCAGGUAAUGUUGCAUAGAUCUGACGUCAAAGCUUGUGCGUCCCGCCCCCUUUGUGUGAAUGAUCCGGGUACUGACGUCAGCUGAUGUUGCAUAGAUCUGACGUCACAGCUUGUGCGUCCCGCCCCCUUUGUGUGAAUGAUCCGGGUACUGACGUCAGCUGAUGUUGCAUAGAUCUGACGUCACAGCUUGUGCGCCCCCCCCCCCACCUUUGUGUGAAUGAUCCGGAGAUUGACGUCAGCUAAUAUUGCGCUACUCUGACGUCACAGCUUGUGCGCCCCCCCCCCACCUUUGUGUGAAUGAUCCGGAGAUUGACGUCAGCUAAUAUUGCGCUACUCUGACGUCACAGCUUGUGUGCCCCAUAAAAACACUGGAUAGCAAUGGAAUUGUUUGGCUAGACGAGCGAGAGGAUGGUGAUACAGCGAGUAACAGGGGAAAGCGUGGGUCGCACAAUUAGUAGCGAGGUCACGUGGGCACGAACUCCGAGGCAACCGACGAAAACCGAGACCAACUUUUCGCGGAAAAAUUCGACGAAAACCGAGGUUUCACUGCAUCUGUAUCUUCAAAAGAUUCAGAAUAUGCUGCUCGUCUUAUCUGCCGAUCAUCUAGAUGGGAAUAUCUAUCACCCACCAUUUGCUGUCUUCACUGACUGUCAAUCUCUGACCGUUUAACCUACCAACUCUCCACCGACAUUCCGCUGUGUCUGGGAUCGGUCCUCCCUACCACUCCAAAGUCCCCCCACCCCAACUACACUCCCUAACGACUGGUCCGUUUUUCUGACACCUGACAGCAGGCUGCUUCUAGUCCCACUAAGACAAACAACGGAAGUACAGAAGUCUUUUCCCUGACAAGCCUCAGCAACGUGCAACAAAUUACUCGUCCCUCGUCCUCACGCUGAUUCCGUGACCAUCUGUAAGUCCAACCUUAAGGUGUACUUUUUAUAAAAAAAAAUCGGUUACUUUAUCCUCCCAUGUUCUGACCUUGCGCUGGUGUAAUGUGUCUGUAUUUACUCAGUGGGUGUGUCUGUGGCAUGAGUGGAUGUUAGCGUGUAAGUAUAUUCAGAAUUGAUCUACUUGUAGGUUGUUUUUUUUUAAAUUUCUGACGCGUUCUGAGUACAUUACUUUGGAAAAGAGCUAUAUAAAUUAUUAUUAUUAUUAAAGAGGCAAAUUGCAAAGGGCUAAUGAAGAAUAACUGAGUGACGGGCGUUUAAGGUUACUACUACAGUCGUUUUCCAUUUCAAGCGCGCUACGACUCAUCUGACGAAGUUUAUCGAAUUCUUGCUGUAAAUAUAAACAUCUUUUGUCAACGUCACUGUAAAUAUAAACAUUUUUUGUCAGUGUCAAUGGGUUUUUUAAUAUAAAUUUUUUGCUUCAAGCAAACUCUGUAUUAAAGCGAGACAAGACCUACCGGCUCACGGCUAAGAAUAACACUAGACAUGGGAUUUUACUAAAGAAACUUUAAAUGCAAAUAAAAACUUUGCCAGACUAGGUAAAAUCAUCGUCCAUAUGAGUCCGCCAUUAUCAAGAGGGAGCUUUAUAUGUACACUAGACAGGAGAGGGUCAAACAUUACGGCAGGUGAUAACCGUUCCUCACAUCACAUGUAGGGUAGCCUGAUGUCCGGGGUAGGUGGACACGGACACCCCAACGCACUUCUACUGAAGUAGAAGCGCAAACCUCGAUUUGUGCCAUCCAUAUGGUUUCAGAUAUGCUGAAGGCUAAUUUUUAAGAGAAAUCUGAUCUACCACUCAUCUACCAUCUUUCAGUCUGUUCGCCUGUCUGCUUAACUGUCGCCACCACGUACACCCAUAUCCCAACUCCUGUUGCUGAUUACAUGUCCCUGCACAAAACAUCUCCUCACCACUCCCGUGUAGACACAAGAGACCUGCUUCAGAUGUUGACAGACUCUCUUGUCACAGCUGUGGAACUUCCAGACGAAACUGCUUUAAGCAGUCGAUAUGCCUUUUCCUCCCAACAUUCCAACUGCGCAUUUUCUGGCCUGUUAGUAUGCAAUUGUUUCUUUUCUUUUUUUGGAGCUUAUGCCAGGCAUCAAUCCACAGUUACUUAACAGUUAUUUGCACGUGACGUUUGCGUAAUGAGCUUGGUCGAAAACUUCCUCCAUGUGCUUUGUAUAAUGUUUCUAAGUAUUAGGUACAGCUUGUUAGGCUUAUAAACACUGCGUGUUAUCGACGCCAUCUUAUGACUGUUGACUUCAUUGAUGAUAAAAAAAAACCUCUUUCCGGUUUGACCAAAGUCGUUCCCUUUUGCUGCCUCCCUGGCUUUGUGCACCGUCUCAAAUAAAUCCCAGCUUUCUGUCUUAUUUUUAAAUGUCAGACCUUGGCCGAUAUUAAUUCACUGCUUGAUCCCGAGGUCAGUCUGGCACAGCGCUUGCCCAUGAAUGAAGUGGGGUGGAUGAAGAUGUGGCAGGGGGAGGGGAGGGGAGGGAACGGAAGCUUCGACCCAUUGCAGGCAGCGCGACUUGCACGAUUCCAGUCCAGUCUAUUAAUAGCUUGGCGACAAGCUUCCGCAAUGCAAAUGGCAUCCUCAGUCUCUGCACGCAAGGGUCUUGGAAGGAAAAGCCUGAGCAGAAACCAGAACAGUAGCGAGGUUCUUCGACAUCUGGUCAAGAGAACCUAGAGAGGUCUGCUAGGUUUUCUGCGAAGAAUCCUUGGAAACAUUGUCAACUGUAUUCCGAAAAUAUUACUAAAAACAACCGUGAACUGUCUGAUUAUUUGUUAAUUAUUGACAAAAAAUAAAAGACCCAUGCCAGUUUUAUUCCCAUUGUAGACUUAAUCUAGUCGCCAUCAUAGACCUAGCCAUGCCGCUUGCUGACCCUCAGGACGUAGGCCUGCCGUAGUAUAGACGUAGUCUGCCCUCGUCAUAGACGUAGUUGACUUGAUAGUUGACGUCUGUGCUGUCCCCCACCUACUGCAAUCAUUGAUGUCCACUUCUCCGCCUCCUUGUUCUUCCAUCUAACAUUUUAACUUCACUCUUGUAUUUUUACCAGGGACUUGACUUGCUACAGCUGUAACACAGCAUCCACAAACUGCUUGCACGCCAGUGCACAAUGGCGCCUUAUAUUUAUGAAGCAGACUUGUUUGUUUUAAAACUUUGUCGUUUGAACUGCUUGUCUAAAACAAAUUGUUGUGUCUUCUUUUUUGAAAAUACAUUUUGCUCUUCAA